AUGGGUCGUCUUCGCGACAUCGCUCCCGGCGGUGGUGGCUACGGUAAUGAGGGCGAUGUCAUGGAGCCUGAUUUUGGCCAGGCUUUCUUCGGCUCAAACUACGGCAGAUUGUAUGAGUUGAAGAAGAAAAUUGACCCGUGGGGGGUCUUCUACGCACCUACUGCUGUUGGAAGUGAAGACUGGUACAUUGCCCGUCAAGAAGACUGGUUGACUCUGCAGACGGACCGCCUCUGCCGUAAGUAG